AUGGAAGAACCAAUAAGCAUUCAUCAAUAUGAUGAACAACAACAACAACAACAAAUAGAAUCACAAAGUGUAGGAUUACCAUGGAAAAUGUUAGGAUUAUUUUUAAUGGUAUUGAUGCUGGUAUUGGUGAUUAUAAACAAUACAACUAGAAAAACAAUGUAUGCUCUACUGAGAGCAAUGGGUGUCGGUGUGAAAAGGAUUCCUAAAGUCAUCAAAGAACUAAAAAGAAAAGGAUUUCACUUUAGUGGAUUGAUCAUCCCCAUCAUAUAUCUUCUCGGACUCAAUUAUACUACUUUUAUAACAAGACAAUUCGCAUAUACUCUGAUGGGUAUCAUCACUAUACUCUUUUUCAUUUGGGAAUGUUUGCGAUUAUAUAUACCCGCCGUCAAAAAGUUUUAUGUGGAUCGUUUUAGUGGAAUCAUGAGAGAAAAGGAACGUGAUUCAUUUAAUGGUGUACUCUUUUAUUUAAUGGGUACUACCAUUUCAAUUUAUUAUUUUAGUCCAAUUAUUGCAAUUGCAAGUACAUUAUUCCUUAUAUUGGGUGAUUUUACAGCUGCAUUGGUUGGUAUUAGUUAUGGAAGAACUAAAAUAUUUGGAAAAAAAUCAUUGGAAGGAACACUUGCCAUGUUUGGUGUAUGUCUUUUAAUUAGUUUGGCUUUGUUUUGGAGAUCAAACCUUGGUGAACAAUUGGCAUUUUGGGGUGCUCUAUCUGCCACCUUGGUUGAAUUACUCAAUCCUUCCUUUAUUGACGAUAACUUGACAAUUCCAUGUUUAAGUGGUCUUGCCAUUCAUUUAAUUUCUAUUCGUUUGGGUGCAAUCAUUCCUGAUCAUUCAUUAUAUUAA